UCAAUUGAAAGAAGGUUCAUAAAACGCCGGACUUUGUUUGGUUUUAGUGGAAAAUGACGCUUCUUAAUUUUUUUAGUAUUUUUAAUAUUCUUCAGAAUGUGACAACAUUUUAUGCAUUUUGCAUUGUUCUGCUGUUUCACGUGCAACUGUCGUACAGUAACCCGUACUGGGGUUGGGCCGACGACUAUGGCCCUAAUUCUUCAUCGAUAGUACUUUCUUCGGCCGAAGAAUGUGCACGAAAUUGCACAGAUGAUGGAGAACCUAGAAAUUGUUAUUAUUCCUUCAAUAUUGAAUUCUAUACAACAGUAGGACCUGCUUGUGACGUGGAAUCUCAAAGGUUCCAAUGUAUUUUAGGGGAUGGAUUCGAAAAGUCCUUGAUACCUAUCAAUCGACAGUUACCAGGACCAUUGAUCAAGGUGUGUUUGAACGAUCGCAUUAUAGUAGACGUGCGGAAUGCUGCCUCAGGAAAUGAAGUCACGAUACAUUGGCACGGAAUUUUCCAAAACGGUUUUCAAUAUUACGACGGUGUUCCUUAUGUCACACAAUGUCCGAUUCCAUCUUCUUCGUCAUUUAGAUAUGACUUUGUAGCGCAAAAUUCGGGCACGCAUUUCUACCAUUCCCACAUAUGGACACACAUGCUAGAUGGGCAAUAUGGUGGUCUUAUUGUUAGAGAUCCACCAUCCAGAGAUCCUCAUUAUCAAUCAUACGAUAGAGAUGAAAUUAUUAUGUUCUUAAGCGAUUGGAUGCAUGUGUUAUCGUUAGAACGUUAUCCUGGUCCAUUUAGACGUGACCCAGGACAGGCUCCGCAGAACAUACUUAUAAACGGUUUAGGAAAUUGGACGGAUCCCGUUACCGGCCAAACUACCAAUUCACCGAUAACAGAAUAUACCGUAAGGAGCGGAGAACGACACAGAAUACGGAUGAUUAAUUCUUUCAGUACAGUAUGUCUGGCGGAACUUAGAAUCGAAGGACAUCAAUUAGUCAUAAUUGCUCAGGAUGGUGCAAACGUGCAACCCAGAACAGUGGAUAAAAUAAUCUCGUCUUCAGGUGAACGCGUCGAUUUUAUCCUAACUGCAAAUCAAAAUGUUGAUUCUUACUGGAUACAAGUGCGUGGACUUGGUGAAUGUAACAUAACCGGGGUACAGCAGUUAGCUAUCUUAAAAUACGAUGGUGGUCCUAAUUGGCCUACAAGACCAAGUCCUACUUAUAACGAUACAAUAGGUGGUGUUACCUAUAAUCCGCUUAGUGGACAGGAUUGCAAUACAGACAACACAGAAAAUGGGAUUUGCGUGAACCAACUGGAAGCCUUCGAGACCGAUGAUGAUCUCUUGAAAGUUGAUCCGGAUGAGAGACACAUAUUACCUUUCUUCUUUUACAAUUACACUCAGUAUGGGGACAGAACAUUAUUUGUAGCAGACAUGUACCGUUCCUUUUUCACUGUAAACGAUUUUUCUCAACUUGUUUCUACGUUCGGUAAUAUAUCGUACGAGACUCCAGCGGCGCCUCUGCUCUCACAACGUAGUGCUUACCAAACGGUAUGCAAGAAAAAUGUACAGAACGAUUGCACGGAACCUUGCACAUGUUCGCAAAUUAUUCAUACAAGAUUAAAUAAUGUCGUGGAGCUAGUAAUAUACGACGAAGUACCACUGGAGGGCUUAUAUCAUCCGUUCCAUCUACACGGUUACGAAUUUAGAGUGUUUAGUAUGGGGGAUUUUGGUGGUAAUAGAAAUGUUUCGACAGCAGACAUAGACGAAGUAAUACAGCAGCACACCGAACGCCUUCAAAAUGGAGAAUAUACGAACCCACCUGGUAAAGAUACUGUUAAAAUUCCAAUGGGAGGAUAUGCAAUUAUACGUUUCAAGGCGGAUAAUCCAGGGUGGUGGUUACUUCAUUGUCACUUUACUUGGCAUCACAUUACUGGAAUGGAACUGGUCAUACACGUAGGGGAUAGAGAAGAUCUUCCACCGGUGCCACCCAAUUUCCCGGUAUGCAACAACUGGAGACCAGCAUUGCACACUUUGAACGAUUUUUAUGGUUUUCGGUAUCCCCAAGUUUAAUUAAUUCUUUGAAUGUAUUGUAACAUGUAAAAAGUGAUAAAACAAAAAUAUAAUAUUUUCAAAAUCUAUUACUUUUA